UUUUCAUGUCCGCUUCGCUGCUGCGCUCUGAGCUAAGGUCACGCUGCCGCUUAUAGAACAUAGUUUUACGUUAAUAUUUGCUAUUUAAGAGUUGUUUCUUUGUUAAAGUGACUUAAAUAAAUGGUUUGACUUGAUAAAACUGCUUUGAAUCAGGAAACAUCUGUGGUACAGGAAAACGUUUCAUGGUGACGUUCUGAAACAUCUGCUGCAGCUGGGAGCAGCUCCUGCUGACGUCAUGUCUCCAUCAGGACCUGUCCUCUGAUCACAUUCUUCGAUGUCGCGGCACAGCCGGCUGCAGAAGCAGGUCCUGGCUCUGUACCGCCAGUUCCUGCGAGCCGGGAAGGACAAGCCGGGCUUCGUCCCCCGAAUCCGUGACGAGUUCAGGGAGAACUCUCGUAUCAAGAAGUCGGACGUGAUGCACAUCGAGUAUCUGUACAGGCGAGGCCAGAGGCAGCUGGAGCAGCUGAGGGAUGUCAACACCAAACAGCUGGGCUCCUUCUCUAAACCUAAGGAGCCCAGCUGAGACCACCAGACCUCUACAGACCCCUACAGACCACUAAAGACCUCACAGAUACCUCUAAAACAUUUUACCAACCUGCUGCGUUCACGGUGUGGAGAAACCAUUCUGUUGUAGACUUUAUAACAACAUUAGGACUCAUAUAAACAGAGAAACAACUGUCUGACAUGUGGACUAAUUAAAAUACUUGAACCUUUUAUUUCAUGAAUAAAAAUGAUCAUUGUAAUCAA